AUGUCAGAUUUCUUCAACGAGUGUCAUAACACCACGGCCAUAUCGAGUAGAGUUACCGCAAGCGAUGAUCACGGCGCGAUUCAAGCCACGAACCCAAAAUGCCACAUCGGGAAACUCCGAGCCAUCGCUCCAAAGUUGACGCACGUGGGAGCCAAAGCUGUAUUUCCGAGCAGAACUAAGAGUUCACUAUCGUGUGGGACGAAGCACUUGAGUGAUGUGAAAGUCGAGCUGGGAAACGAAGCGCUGUGGAAAAUAUUUCACGCCGAAGACCACGAAAUGAAAAUCAUCAACACGGGACGGUAUGUUAUAUUGAGAUUUUGUGAUUGGGUUUUGUAAAUAGAAAUUGCGAGUGUAAAUUUUUAUACAUUUAGUAUAGACCUAACUAGGAACACUUGCGAAAACUGCAACAAUAGGCCCCCUGGCAGGAAUCGAAUCAGCGAUUCCGGGGUAAAGCGCUCUAACCAACUGAGCUACAGUAGUACAGAGGCCAGUUGUCGAGCUCUAAUUUUUGUAUAAAAUUCACAUUUGAAAUUUCCAUUUACAAAACCCCUUAAACCUUUAGUUAUAUCGAUGGUAGGUGCCCAAAAUCCUGUGAUUUUGUGGGCCUGAUUUACGCUACAAAAACUAACCCAAGUUCAAUCUAAAUCAGGUUAGUUUUUUUGAAGUGUACAUCAAGGUUGGGCGAUAUAUCGAUAUUGUGGUGAUAUUUUCAACCAUGAUUAUCGCAUCGAAGGUAGAAAUAUGAGCGACGAUAUAUAUCGUAAUUAUUGCUGUGGUACAUAUUUGGUCGUAAUUAUCGUUAUGGUACUGAGCUACAAAGAGACAGUUGUCGAGCUCUGACCAGAGGUUUAUGUAUAAAUACUAAGCUCAGUUGGUUAGAGCGCUGCACUGAAAUCGCCGAUUCGAUUCCUGCCAUGCAGCACUGGAAAAAUUUUGAAAAUCCAUAGAAUGGAAAUUGUAUGGACCUUUAUUGGAAAUGGAUUUUUGAUUAUCCAUAAUAAUUGAUAUACUAUGCAUGAUUUAGUGGUGCAAUUGCAAAUCUCAUAGUAUGGAUUUCACAAUUUUUUUCCAGUGCAGAGGGCCUAUACUUAAUAGUUACAUUUUUCGCAACUGUGGUGCAUUUUCCCGCGACCCAAAUGUGGUGCAUUUUCCCGCGCGUAAUACAAAAUCAAAUACAAAAUUUGCAAAUUUCGCAGGGCUAUAUUUUCCGCAUUUUACAACAUUUCGCGGCCAAACUCUGCAAUUUCACUAAUUUUAACAUGCUCUUUCUAGCUGUGGUGAUGGAUUUUGUUCUUCUUUCCCAGAUCAAAAUUUAGUCUAUACCUGGAAUUGCCUAUUGUUCAAUUAUAUCGAGAUCUAUUGAGUGAGAUGCCGAAAUCCUAAUCUUUUAAAUGUUUCAUUUUUAUAGGGCAUUAUUCCCAGUUCUAGCCUUGAAACUGUCAGGUCUCUCGCCCACUGAAAAAUAUAGCUUGGCUGUCAACUUCACGAAUGUUGACUGGGCGAGGUAUCGUUUCUCUCAAGCCAACAAGAAAUGGUUUCAAUGGUCUACGACAAUGCCCGACACGACCGCGAAUACUGGACGAAGAUUUUACCAACAUCCGUGCUCGCCUGCACUCGGCGCGUUCUGGACAACUGGUGACGUCACGUUUGAUAAAUUGCGUCUGACGAAUGACUUGAACAAAACCGAGAAAUUUAUGGUAAGCAUGUGUUGAAAAUAUACUACCUGAAAAAUAUACCUCAAACAUGGCGGGCGGGUCCAGUCUAUAGGUGUGUUUGUUUCCGAACUACCUGAAAAAGAUAUCUCAAACAUGGUGGCCCAGUGUAGGUAGUAUUCUACAACAAGCUGUCGUAGUUUGUGUCUGAACUGCCUGAAGAAGAUAUCUCAAACGUGGUCGCCCAAGUGUAGGUAGUAUUCUACAAUAAGCUGCCUUAGUUUGUACCUGAAUUACCUGAAAGAGAUAUCUCAAACGUGGUGGUCCAGUGUAGGUAGUAUUCUACAAUAAGCUGCCUUAGUUUGUACCUGAACUACCUGAAAAAGAUAUCUCAAACGUGGUGGUCCAGUGUAGGUAGUAUUCUACAAUAAGCUGCCUUAGUUUGUAUCUGAACUAAACCUGAAAAAGAUAUCUCAAACGUGGUGGUCCAGUGUAGGUCGUAUUCUACAAUAGGCUGCUUUAGUUUGUGUCUGAACUACCUGAAAAUAAUAAUGAUAGUGUUGGGAAAGCAUUACGAACAGCUAACCAAGGUCGCGUGACUGCCAAGCCUCAUACACCCUUCUCACCAGCUUCUAAUUUAUCCAUUUAGAUUCAAGUAUCAAGAUAUCUCAAACAUGGGGGCCAGUGUAGGUAGUAUCCUACAAUAAGCGGCUGCUUUAGUUUGUGUCUGAACUACCUGAAAAUAAUAAUGAUAGUGUUGGGAAAGCAUUACGAACAGCUAACCAAGGUCGCGUGACUGCCAAGCCUCAUACACCCUUCUCACCAGCUUCUAAUUUAUCCAUUUAGAUUCAAGUAUCAAGCCUACGUAAAUAUCGUGUUCAAGUGAUAGUAACCAAACUGCAGUGUUCACAUUGUCAUCAACCUCACAUGCGCAUGAUUGAACUACCGCUGACCGAGUUCAUUACUGUUACUGGCUACAGGAAUGAAAAAAUUACACAACUGAAAAUCGAGAACAAUCCUUCCUCCGUGGGAUUCCGGGACAACUACCAGAUUCGUAAGGCUUCUCUUAAGAGGUAAGUUUUGGUUAGUUUCAAUAAUGAAUAGUUGAUCAUUGAUUGCUUAACGUCGUCAAACAGGUAACACAUGCAACCUGGGAAAUAGAGAAAUUAACACUUCCUUAGCCGAAGAAAGAAUUUGGAAAACGGUGCUUCGGUUCCAAUAGUGCAGUUUGGAACAAUCUUCCUUAUGAGGCAAAAACCACUGCAUCCAUAAGCAAUCCAAAUCACUUGUUUCUUGGCUUUCUUGCCACAAAAAUGCCUUGUUUAAGUUAAUUAACAUAAUUUCCGGUACGUUUAACAGCGAAAAAACCAUGAAGUUUUUUCUAAGAAAAUAUAUUGCACUUCGUCUUAGAAUGUACUGAAUAUCACAAGUAUAUAAAAUUCGUAAUCGCUGAAUGUGCAUCGCUUUAAUAUACAGCCGUCUUCUUAAAACAACUGCCACUAACCCUGAAUAUAAUUCAUGUGGAAUAUCCCGGUACUAUUCCACAUUCAUGUUUGAAACUCACGUUUGUUCUCAACCCUUUUAGAAAACGAGAAUUACUACACGCCAAACGUUCUUGUGAAACGAUAAAAACAGAUGACGUCAUUCCAACGCCUGUCAUAACCCGCUAUUGCUCAUGGGAAGAAUUCUCCAGAACAUGUUGCAGAGAAUCGCCAGACACCUUAACAUCAUGCUGCAGAGAAUCUCCAGACACCUUGACAUUAUCCACGUCAUCAUCCAUCGACCUUGGCGACCACGUGUCCACUUUCCUGCAAAAUGACGUCAUCCUUUACCCACAAAAUGACGUAAUGCUUUACCCACAAUUCCACCAACCACUCUACUCGUAUCCAGAGUCGUAUCAAGCUAUGAAUCAAUUAUCCGACAUUCCACAGUUUCAAAUACCGGAGAUAAAUGCCCAAUAUCCGAGAUUAGUCCUCCCGGGUUUCCAGCCCCAGGAACAGCGUACUUACAACCAUGAUUAUAAUGAAUUCGACCAAUCAUAUUGCCAUAAAUACGAGGACUUUACGUCUCCAUUUCAAUACACUGAGUGGGACACUGUAUAUUAUUGA